AUGCCAACUGACACCACCCUCACAAUCAAUGACCUCCUGCCGGAAGCCAUCCUCUCCAACAUAAUCGCCGCCGUGUCGGAUGUUCGCAGCCGCAACUCUGUCGCCUUAGUGUGCCACAAAUGGCGCAUCUUCGAACGCGCCACCCGCACCACCCUCACCCUCCGUGGCAACAUCAGGGACCUUUACCUAUUCAUGGUCCCUACCUGCUUCCGAUCCAUAACCCACCUCGAUUUAUCACUUCUCUCCCCCUGGGGCCACUCCCUCACCUCCUCCUCCGCCGCUUCCAUCACCGACCAAGCAAUAAUCGCCGACUACCUGCGCCAUGCCUUCCCUGAAGUUACUUCCCUUACGCUCUACGCCCGCAAUUUAUCGAAUUUACAGCUGCUGGCUCCACUGUGGCCUAAUUUGAAGCAAGUGAAGCUCGUGAGGUGGCACCAGAGGCCCCAAUUAGCCACCACUGGUGAAGAACUCGGAAUUUUGUUUCAACAAUGUAAGAGCCUUUGUUCUCUUGAUCUUUCAUCGUUUUAUUGCUGGACAGAUGAUGUUCUUGUAGCACUGGAAUCGAACCCAUUAGUUUCGUUGAACCUCACUUGCUUGAAUCUAUUGAACCCAUCAUUUUCUGAGGGGUUUAAGUCUGAUGAGAUUAGUGAAAUCACAAAAGCUUGCCCCAAUGUGAAAGAAUUUCGCGCGGCGUGUACGUUUGAUCCGCGAUACAUUGGGUUUGUUGGAAAUGAGGCUCUUGUUUCAAUAGCAACGAAUUGUCCUAAAUUGGCAAUCCUUCAUCUAGCGGAUACCAAGGCCUUGUCGAAUUUGAGGGGAGAUCCUGAACACGAGGGGUUUACGCAAGAAGAUGCGAGGAUUAGUGUGCUGACUUUGAUUGAAGUGUUUUCUGGGCUUCCAUUGCUGGAAGAGCUUGUUUUGGAUUUCUGUAACAAUGUUAGGGAUAGUGGUCCUGCAUUAGAGGUGCUAAAUUCGAAAUGCCCCAAGUUGAGGCACCUAAAGUUGGGGCAGUUUCAUGGGAUUUCAAUGCCGGUUGAGUCGAGGUUGGAUGGAGUUGCACUGUGUGAAAGGCUUGAAUCCUUGUCGAUUAGGAACGUGGGUGACUUGGAUGAUAUGGGAUUGAUUGCCAUUGCGCGGGGGUGUUGUAGAUUGGCCAAGUUUGAAAUUCAGGGCUGCAAGAAGAUUACGAUGAGAGGAAUGAGGACUUUUGUGCAAUUGCUACAACGAACAUUGGUCGAGGUUAAGAUCUCAUGCUGCAAAAACUUUGGGGCAUCAUCUUCUUUGAAAGCAUUGGAGCCAAUACAGAGUAGGAUUCGAAGGCUUCAUAUAGAUUGUGUUUGGGAUUGCACCGAAGAGCUUCAACAUCUUGAUGCAAUCGAAGGCAAGUUUGACCUCAACAAAUUGGAUCAAGGUGAGAUGUUAUUUCAAUCUUUUGCACAUACAAAAUACUUGAGAACCGAUGAUGGUGAUUAUGGUGGCAAUAGCAAAAGGUGCAAGUACUCGGAUGAUCUGAAUUGCUCUUAUGCUGGUUUGGAUGUCAAUGACAAUGUCUACUACAAAGGGUGCAAGAAUUUGUAUGAUCUGAAUUGCUCUUAUGACGGGAUGGAUGUCAAUUACAAUGGCUAUGACAACGGCAAUGGAUUUGGUGAAAAGACGUGGGAUAGUUUGCAAUCUCUUUCGCUCUGGAUCGCUGUAGGUCAGCUUUUGACUCCUCUGGCGUCUGCAGGACUCGAGAAUUGUCCCAAUCUGGAGGAGAUAAGGAUAAAGGUUGAAGGAGAUUGUAGGGAAAUGUCGAAGCCCUCUAAAGAUGCAUUUGGAUUGAGCAUCCUUGGGAAUUACCUGAAGCUAUCAAAGAUGCAUUUGGAUUGCGGGGAAAUCAUUGGCUAUGCACACACCGCACCUUCUGGGCAGAUGGAUUUGAGCCUUUGGGAACGGUUUUAUCUCUUUGGUAUUGGAGAUUUGGGUCUCACGGAACUGGAUUACUGGCUCCCACAAGAUAGGGAUGUUAACCAAAGGAGUCUAUCUCUUCCAGCAGCCGGACUACUACAACAAUGUUUAGACCUUCGGAAGCUUUUUAUACACGGGACGGCUCACGAACAUUUCAUUAUGUUUCUAGUUAGAAUCCGUGGACUAAGAGAUGUUCAGUUGAGAGAAGACUAUUAUCCAGCACCAGAGAGUGAUAUGAGCACAGAGAUGAGGGCAGACUCAUGCAGUCGCUUUGAGGCCGCUCUAAAUAGGCACCAGAUUCCUGAUUGA